GUAUGUUUCCGUUGUUUAUAUAUGUUCGUAGAGUCGCCUUGUUUUCAUUUUUGUCCUCGCCCUGUCUUCGUGGUCUUGUAACUGUGGAAUUUGGAUUCCAUUGCGUAUUUACCCAAAGUUGGUACGAAUCACAAACGGGCUGGUCUCGCAGUACUCGCGAGGCAGUCGAAGGGCAAACAACCGUGAAAUGCGAGUCUUGCUCUCUUAGUACCGACUCUGCAUUCCACCAUCUGUCCGAAAAAUGUUUCCUUGCCCUCUUUAUACGACUCCACAUCCAAGGUGCAUCACUCCAUUAUCAAGGAGAUCUAACGAGGAGAUGUCUCGUCUUUGCCCGGACGACGAGGUCUUAGAUAAAAUCUUGGAGAAGGAGUUGUCCCACAUAAGCAUGCUCGAUAUUGAGCAAACAAUAUCAACGAAAGAUGAACCGACCGACGUGGACGUCGGGAACGCAGAAUUGGAAUCAAGCUUCCGAGAUGUGUCCGACGUCGUGAUUCUUCUGAUGAAGACCAACAUGAACAAGAAGGCGAAAGAGAAGACGAAGCCCCAUGUCCUGUCAGCGGACUCCGACGAGCAGAUCCUCAAGGAAAUCAUAGAUAACAGCUUCGGAGACAUGGUCUCCCCGGCUCAGAAAAGGAAGGUCCAUCGGAGCUACUGCGAGGUCUUGGAGGGUGCCAAGAGAAAGAUAUUCAACCAAGAAAGUCCAAAACGUAGUAGCCAAUUGUCUACGUUGAAUCCCUUGUGGGACCAAACCUACGAGUACAAAUCCGAAGUUAAGUUCUUCGUGGGUUCGUAUCAGGACAUCGAAAUGAUGCCAAUUACUUGGCAGACCAGUCCAGAGUCGAAUGCUUCCCCACCUCCACGAUUAGAAAAGUCCGAGUUGUUGGUCUUCAUAGAUCCGCAUGGCAAACAUUCCGAGACGGAGAAGGUGUACAAAUCCGAAACUAAGUUCUUCGUGGAUUCUAAUCAGAACAUCGAUAUGCAUAAACUUUCGUCGUACAGCAGCUUAAGACCCGACGAGGACGUCGUAUUAUACGAUUCCUUCGUCACGGCGUUGGGAUCGCCCAGGGUGAGAUGUGCGACCAUAGACCUCGUCUCACCCGACAUGGAAACGAUAGACACAGCAUCCUCCUCGUCGGAGGAUCAGGACGUUUUUGAAGAAGCGGCUUCUGGUUAUUUGACGGUCGAGUCGCAGCGAAGAAUCUCGUCCCCGGCAUACGGCAGGAGGAAGAGCUUGGAGCCCAGAAAAAAUAUAUCCGAUGAUAAGACGUUCGUCCUGCUCUCGGAUAAGAAGAAGAAGAAGAACUGGGUCGAUUUCGCUAUGUCCCCUGUUAGCAUUACAGUGACCCGGUGGCCGAAGAACCGGCCGAUAGAACGAUCUACCGAAAGGCAGAUCCCAGAUGUGCCGUUUCCACCGUCGCACAAGUUGACCGUAGGAGAGGUCUUCGAUGCGCGGACGGGGCAGCCGAGACCGGAAGUCCUGAAGCAGCACUUCAUCCUCGAGGGCAGGAUCGACGAGGAGGCUGCCCUCCUCAUCGUCAAAACUGGAGCUACCCUCCUUCGAUCCGAGAAAACGAUGAUCGACAUUGAAGCUCCCGUCACCGUAUGCGGUGACAUUCACGGCCAGUUUUACGAUCUGAUGAAGUUAUUCGAGGUGGGCGGCCCACCCUCCACGACAAAAUACCUCUUCCUCGGCGACUACGUGGACAGAGGUUACUUCAGCAUCGAGUGCGUACUGUACCUGUGGGCAUUGAAACUGUGCCAUCCAACGACGCUCUUCCUCCUCAGAGGUAACCACGAGUGUCGACAUCUCACGGAAUACUUCACGUUUAAGCAGGAGUGCAAAAUAAAAUACUCGGAGAAGGUGUACGACGCGUGUAUGGACGCCUUCGAUUGCCUGCCCCUUGCAGCGCUCAUGAACCAACAGUUCCUCUGCGUGCACGGUGGCCUGUCUCCGGAAAUCCACAAUCUCGAAGACAUACGCAAGUUGGAUAGGUUCAAAGAGCCACCGGCGUUCGGUCCUAUGUGCGAUCUUCUCUGGUCGGAUCCCCUCGAGGACUUUGGCAACGAGAAGAAUGCCGAGCACUUUUCUCACAACAGUGUUCGGGGUUGUUCGUAUUUCUACAGUUACGCAGCUUGCUGCGACUUCCUGCAGAACAACAACCUGCUGAGCAUCAUUAGGGCGCACGAGGCGCAGGACGCCGGUUAUCGUAUGUAUCGCAAAUCGCUGACGACGGGCUUCCCAUCGCUCAUCACAAUUUUCAGCGCGCCCAACUACCUCGACGUGUAUAACAACAAGGCGGCCGUUCUGAAGUACGAGAACAACGUGAUGAACAUCAGGCAGUUCAAUUGUUCACCCCAUCCGUACUGGUUGCCGAACUUUAUGGACGUUUUCACGUGGUCGCUUCCAUUCGUAGGGGAGAAAGUUACGGAGAUGCUGGUCAACGUGCUCAACAUUUGCUCGGACGACGAGCUCAUGAGCGACGGCGACGACACCCUCGAGGAAGUCGCAGCGAAAGUCGUUAUCCAAAAAAAGAAUGGUGCAGCAGCGAAUCUCCGCAAGGAGGUCAUCAGAAACAAGAUCAGGGCUAUUGGGAAAAUGGCACGAGUCUUCUCGGUACUGAGGGAGGAGAGCGAAAGUGUCCUGCAGCUGAAGGGUCUUACGCCGACCGGGGCCCUGCCUCUUGGUGCACUUUCUGGUGGGAAAACGUCCCUCAAGAAUGCUCUGCAGGGCUUCUCGCCGAAUCAUAAGAUCACCUCGUUCGCCGAGGCGAAGGGUUUGGAUGCGAUAAACGAGAGGAUGCCGCCCAGGAAGGACGCACCUCCGACUCCUGUCAACGAGGAGAAGCCGGCGUCGAAGCCAACCGCGGCCGCAGCGGACAAACGGGACCACUGUUCGCCGCAAUCUCAUUCGUGAGCCUCGCGAUCCUCCGAUCAAGGUGACAAGGGUGGUACGUAAGGUACUUCGCGGCCGCCGUGUCAACCAAUCAUUGCUCUCGUCUCUUCUCGGAUCUUAGGAUAGCGCAUUCAUCGAGUCAAGACAUUCGUCGAGGGAGGAAUAUUCGCGUAAAGUUAAAAGUCGCGAUCAUCGAUACGCAUCAUCCUCGGCGUGACCCAGAGCGAGAAAGAAAGAACGAGUCCUGCGGCGAUGCAUGCGGUCGUUCUACCGCGUAAACCCACGGUUCGCUCUUUCUCUCUCUCUCUCAUACUCAGUCCCUCUGACUCUCUCUCUCUCUCUCUCUAUCUCUCUAUCUAUCUCUAUCUCUCCCUCGGAUAUAUGAUAAAGUGCAAUCGGUCGUUCGGUCCGGCGUUUCUCUCGCUCGCCGAGAAGCGCCUCUCUUUCCGUCUCCGUCGCGGCCAUUCCGCGACGACCGGCGAUGUCGUUCCGUCUCUUCCUCUCCGACCGGUCUCGGUAUGCUUCUGUCUCCCUUCCGCUCCACCGCCGAGUCCCCCUAUUCCCGUGUAGCCGUACCUACGUAUAAGGAAGCGAGAACUCAACGUCAUAUGCAAAUGCAGCGACGCACAGGGCAGAUACGCGCAUCGAAGAGACGCGGGGUCUCCGAAGAGACACGAGCGCAGAAGAUCGGGCCGCGAACCCGGCCUCCGGUCGUCGAGUUUCUCCUCUUUGGUCCGCCACUUUUGUUUCGACCCCGAGCUCGGACGGGUCCCUCUUCGUCCCGCUCCGUCGAGGACGUGGAAAUUUUCGCUAAACCUCAAUUAUUCUCUCCCCUUCCAUCGAUUAUCAGGUAAAUUGACCUUAACCCAGGAUCUGGAGAAACUCGCCGACCAAGAGGUGGACGCGGCGUGCUCGGAGAAGCGCGAAACCGCGAGGACGCGCGUACCUCCCUGGAAAGGACGAAAAGAACGGGAGCGAGGACGAUCGGCGCCGACCGACCGCUGCUGGAAGAACGCGCCUGCACCGCGGAUAACCCAAAAUGGCGUUUAGCGCUCCUCAAACGGAGGAAGAUAAAUGAUAAAGGGAGGAAGAACGGCGCCGACUCGCCGCUCGCGUCCUUCCUCGCGGAGUCGCGAGGACCGAAAGCGUACGCGCUCGUAUUUAUAUACAUAUUCGAGACACGCGCGAAACCCCGUGUACAUACAGGAGAUUCAAAUGAGAGGGACGAGUCGCAGGUCCGGCGCAGGAUUCGCAGCUGGUCUGCAGGUGCGCCGGACGUAUCCCGGGUUAGGACUACUAGGCUCUUAAGGUACGCCCUGGGCGGUGCACGAGGGCAUCCCCGCGGGAGGUGGGAUUACUUAAGUUAACUCGAGAGAGCUAAGUCUAGACUAAGUUACGUUGAUGAAUUUAUUUAAUAUAUAUAAUAUAUAUCAUAUACAUAUGCAUACGUAUAGACGCAUACAUACAUAUAAUACAGGGUGUCCCGCGGAGCUCCUGGAGCGCUCAUCCGGAGAAUGCGCGCCGAGGCGAUUAUCCUCGAGGACGAGACUGCCGACGAUGGAGAGAUAGAUUCGAAGCGAUUGGCCAAAUUCCUCGAGUCUACUCCGGAUGAUACGCGGAAUCCCCUGAUCGGGCCAAUCGUCGGUAGUUUGGUCCUCUAGAAAGGAGGCUACGGGGGCUACAUCCCUAGAAGUACCGGGGACGUCUUUGAACGAUCCCGAAGCUUGGAUGCGUUCGGCAAUUUUCUCUCCCAAAUUGAGCAUCGAUAGGGCAUUUAGAAUCUUCUGAGACGGGAAAAUGUAACGGCGAGGGUCUAUUUCUCGCGGCUUCCAAUUGGAUUCGAGUUGUACCCGUUUGGAUUGGGGCGGAAGAAGGACUCGGAGGUCUAUUCGACGUAUGAACAUCCAAAUGAUCUCGUGGGUACGAUAUCGCAGGCUGCAGCCCAGCUGCUUUACUAUCACUGGAAAUAAUUUGUAACGAUGGAAUUGGAUUACAUCCUACCGGCUGUAGUUUCAGCACGUCAGAAGUUUGGAUAUUCUCGCGGUAGUUCCGAGAUGGGAUCCUUCUUAAUGUAUCUUUUCUGAGCCUGGCGUCGAAUCCUCCGCAGUUUCCUCCCAUUGACAAGUUGCCAUUGCUAACGCCUGACAUCCUCUUCGGGAUCGUUCAAAGAGACGCCAUCUUGGUACCCUACUUUCGGCGAAGACGUUAAAAAGCGAAUCGGCGUUCGCCCUCGGAAGGAGCGCGGGAGUUCCGCGCCGUUUCUUCUCGCGCGACACCUCGCCUCCCUCGAAGCUAACGUAUGCCUAUCCUGUGCGUUUACUGUAUUUAUAUAUGUAUAUAGUAAGAGAGACGGGGAGAAGGAGAGCGAGAGAAGCCACUCGCGCGUGUAAAGAACCUAAUAAAAAGAUCGAAUCGCUGCUCGAUCGAGCGGGUCUCCGUCUUCCCUUUGAGAAUCGCCAGUAGCCGGGGAUUCGAGAAUAUAGCGGACCUAGGCGAUAGCGCGGGUCUAAAGGCCCUCUUUGAUCUUGACCUCGGGCCGGACACCCGCGCGGAAGCGCCGCCAUUUUGGUGCCCGGUGCAGAGGCUCGCCGGAUAUUGCUAAUUCGCGCCGCUCCGGUUGCGGCCCUUGGGUCGGCGAUCUUGACGGCCGGUGCACGCGGAUGGGCGAGAUGGGAAAUGAACGUUUGAAAAAAAAUAUGAAAAAUCAUAUUUACGCGUUACACUUACGAACGGGAGUUUCGAGAGCGUUGUCGCGAGUCGCGCGACGCGAUGUCUUCGGUGCCACUUCGGCUGGACGUUUUUGGUGUUUUCACUGUUUCGUGCGACUAACUUUCAUUGUAUCGCUAAUCGACCCUCGUCGGACCUUUCGAUUUGUGCCUGUUGGAUUAAUUCUUAAAGAUUAACGUUGCGAGAUAAUUUUAGGCGACGUCGUCAAUCCGGAUGGCGAACCGUUCGCCCCUCGCGAUCGCCGAUUUAUCGAAACGGACCGAAUUACUCUCUAGGUGUAUACUGUGUGAAUUUAAGUAUACCGGUUUAACGCACAAUGCAAUUUUGCCUCUAUUUAUAGAGAGAUCGGAGGUAUUAGCCGCACGCGGCGGGUACCGAGAUGUCUUGACAAAAAAAAAUAAUAACGCCGCUCGUUCGAGGCUCGUCUCCUUGGGAAGACGGAGAGGGAAGCGAUAGGGAUCGCGAAAUAUGAAAGAAAAACGAUGAAAGUAGAUGCGGAAUGUGGUGGCAAAGCGAGUGCGCUUUUUUGGGACUUCUUCCACGGAGUCGCCGCCGAUGAUAUGAGACGCCCUUAUCAAAGAAAGCUCGUGACGUGUCGAGGUGGACUUAUGCCGUGUGCGGUAUGAUGCGGCGCUAUAUUUUGUCAAGAAAUUAAUAGUUAAGCUGAAGGUAAAAAAUAUAGGUCAAUUCUGUUCAGCAUUUAAUCCAAUUAUUCCAUGUCUGGAAUAAGUUCUAUUGAAGUCGGUAUUAUUUUUAUAAAUUCGCAUUCGAUAAAAUAUUGUUAAUAUUUGUCAUACUUGUGAACUCUGCAUUUUAAUAUGUUACGGGAAAAUGAUGUAUGGAAGCAGACAAUAUCCAUUGUUUUAUCGGUGUACAGCGAAAAACCGCAAACGGUGCAGUUCCACCUCACAUCAAGCCGGGGCCGCUUUACGAAGUUCAGUAAUUUCUCGCUAUCAACUUUCAUCCCCCUACUUUUUUCUUACUAAUUUUAGAUUCGUGGAUGCACCGAUCAAGGCCGAACGGUACAAUGCGAUUGAAAUAAAAGCUCGUAUAAAAGGAUUAGUCGCAAUAACGAUCAGUCGUCACAGGGCGUUAAACACGCGGAGUAAACUUCUAACAAUUUUUACCGACAAAUUUCAUACUCCGGAGAACAAUCUUACCGCAAAAGGCACUAGAAGAACGCGCGACUAGGGUAGUGCACGUAGUACAGUAAAUCGUACAUGGGUUUACUCGACGAAGAAGCGAUUUUUGUAAUAACCGCGACGACCUUUCAAACCGCUAAGCGGUCGGUCGUCCAUAAAGAUAAUUAAUAUUCCUUUGAAAAAAGGUGUUAUCCGCGUUAAACGACUACCACGCCUCUUCACUUACAAGAUUUCCGAAGGCAUCGGUUGCACGCGAAGACUUUCGAAGGAGGACUCAGCCGACUCGCUCCCGAGUUAGCCAAUUCGCUUAUCACCGCCACUCGAAAGCAAACGUGGAGGAGCAUCUCUUGAAAAGAAAUGUCGCGUCCGCGUGUUUUAAAUAAUUAAAUCUAUUAACUGAACCACUAGAUCGGUACGCAUUUAUCCGUGCCGAAACACGUGUUCACUCGGUACGUUCACAUCGGGAUCAUCCCCAUUCUCCUUUAAAAGAGGCUUCUUAUUCCGGCCCUAAAACAAUUCUCUCAACGUCCAAUCGCGCUUAAACACGACAACGAUCGCUUUACUAUCCGGUUUCCGCAAAAUGUCGCAAGGCUAUCCCCGCUUGAUGCGCCAGGCACAUUCGACGAGGGCACGAAGGAAAUCUCACCGAGUCUUAUAGCAUUGAUCCUCUAUGAUUUUAAUGUGUGUUCUUGCUAUCCGAAAUAAGUCGGGGCCACUUCCGCUGCUCGACCUCGAGCCGGGAGGUCCGGGCUCCCGGAAAAGGGGGCGCCUCGCCGAUCUCGGGGCCUCUGGAGAUCCCUCGAUCUUUCGCGAUCCAGCAUCCCUAGUCUCGAAUGGACCCCCCCCCCGGGAGGGGCCCGCGUUUAAUCGUAGCAUCGCGCGUCUCUAUACCGUGUUUUCUACCUCCUCUCAGAGCCCCGAAACCCAAAAGUCGAGGCCCCUCCGAGCCGGCCCUCCGGCCCGAAGGCAGCGCGAUCCUGAGCCGCUCAGAAACAUAAUGAAUUAUUAAUGAAAGAUUUAAAUUACUAAGUAAGAUAUUAUACACACCACACAUCUCUCUCUGCUCUUCUCUCGUCUAUGAUAUAUAAANUACAUAUAUUAUACGGUAUAUUAAUUACCUACUGUUACUGUAAGGCUGGAGAUAUAUUAUCAUCAUCAUCAUCAUUAUUAUUACUAGUGCCACUUAAUAGCGUUAUUACUAUUUACUAUUGGGAAGAGAAGACGAAAUACCUGUGUACCGUCGUUGGGUAAUCUCCGAGACGCCCCGUCGAGAGCGAGUUAAGUUUUCGACGUCGACGGUGACGUCGUUCUUUGACUUAGAGGACGGCAGCUCCGAUUUUCAAUUCACUUCUCUCCUUAUUCGAACACCGUAGGGAUAGAUAGUUUGUAAACGAUCUUUAAAGGUAAAAAUCGCUAUUACUUUUGUCUCGAUUGUUUCGGGAAAAUCGAAGGAAGGAGUAAUCUAAAAUUCCGUAUACAGAGUGGAAGAGGUAAUCGAUGUUGAUUGACUCGUCUCCUUAAUUCUUGAUGUAAAACGAUGUUUUUGAAAAAAGUAUAUAAUAUUCAUAUACAGGAACUUGAUAUACUUCAUGGUGCUUUCCCCUACUUGGAGCAUUGGAAAUAUUUUCUGUGUCGUUAUAUUUCUUUUCGCUUUUCUUAGCAUAAAGAUUAACGUAAAGAACGACAUAUAAUGCGAUUCAAAAAAUGUUACUGAAAGCAUUGUUUAGUUUUUGCCAUUAAGACCUAGAAAAUAAUUAAAAAUAACUAUUUUAUCCGGUUGUUCUACUCUGUAUACAUCCAAACCGAAAAUCAAUAAUCGAUCGACGGAGUUUUUGUAUCGGUUUCCUCUACUCUGACAAACGUCAAACGCACGUGGCAGCGAUCAGCUGAUCGUUUCGAUUUUCAAGAUGCGUUCGCUCUAUCGGUUGUCAUUCCGAAAACGAUAACUCUCUCUCUCUCUCUUUCUCGCUCCCUCUGUUUGUCCUCUCUUUCCCUCUCUCUUUCUCUCCAUCUUUCCCUCUUUUUUGACUUUGUAUAUAUAUUUGUACGAGCGACUCGUUCUCACCGUGUAUAAUCUGUGCCGUGUCGUAGACUUUUAGAUAGGCUAUUAAUACGAUUACCGAAUGUCGGAAACGACGGAGUGUCCCCGAUGGGUGGAGGCCGAAUUGACAGGGUGUCAGAAACCGCGUAUCUUCGCGAACCUGUCACUGUCAAUGCUCGUGGCGGAAGAAAAGUGAGCGAUCAUUUCCGAAGCUCCGAAGGUCCCCGGUCUGGCAGGAAGUCAAACUCGCGACCGUUUUCGCGGUCAUUACGUGUAAUGCACGCGGCGGAAAGUUUUUGUCAGUUACGACAAUUUUAGAUCCCCAAAGCGCUGUCAUGAAUUGACCGGAAGCGAGACCGGAAGCUGUAGACACUCUUUCCCGAUGCUUCCAAUGAAGAAAUCCAAGGAGCGCGAGGACGCCCCCGGAAACACCGUUGAGCAAUAAAUAAAGUCUUCUACCGGGCCACCGCGUAAACAGAGUGACGCGUUGAAAGGAAUCGAAGCAUCUCGCUCAAUUAUUCACCGAACAUUAAAUUAAUUAAAUUCAUCCGAUAAUUUGGGACUUCCGCAGUUGAUUCAAAGUAGCGACCGUGUAAGAAAUUGAUCGGAAAUCAACGCAAAUCGAUGGGGGCGAUUAAUCGACCAGGCCCUCCGAUCGCGUCGGGACGCUCCGUCGUCGGCCUCGAGGACGUCGCAGGGAUCCGCCAAGACGACGCCUCCGGGAUCCUCGGAAGCGCGUCGCGACGUCCCUCGGGCCGAGGCGAUCGAAGGUUGUACGAUAAGAUGCUAGGGUUCGAUUGAUCGAACGAUCGGGGAAUUCCAGAGCCUUUUUCUUAGACUUACUCGCGGCGAGGUCUCCGCGACCUGGGCUUGGCUUACCCCGAUCACUCGGUACGCGCACUAAGGGUGUAGUUUUGUCAAACUGUCGGGGUAGACAAUGGGGUACCAAGACGAUAUGCGAGCGUUUGCUCCGACGGUUUGAUAAAUCCACUGCUUUAGGAUGCCGACCGAGUGAUCGGGGUAAAUUAAUAAGCCAUAGGCCUCGACCCCGCCGCUUGAAUCGCCUUCGAGGGCAGCCGACUCUACGGGUUUUAAUCUCUUCCGAGACUUUCACAGGGGAGCUCCGUUCUCGGCGAAGUGUACAUCUCUUUACGAUUAGAUUAUUCGAAGUCCUUCUAAGUACUCGGCCCGCGACUUGUGCCCGAGCACUCGAGUCGCCCUAAGUGCCGAUUUUACGACUUUUAUCGUUACUCCACGCUACCUUGCCCGCGAGUCGUGCCCGCCGUCGUCGUCGCGUCCUCUUCCCUCGCCAAACCCCGAUGGAGCCUGAAAAUGAUCGGAAAACUACCGGAAAAAAUUCGAGGAAAAGUGCAUAUAUUUCACGUCUUGUCGCACUCUCGACUCGGUUCCGCGGGCUUUAUCGGGCUUUCCUUGGACCGGCCCCUUGCGAGACGCCUCUGGGAGGCUGCAAGAAAGUCCCUCGAGUUCUCUCGGAGACUCCGAAAUUAUCAACCGCCAGAAAUUCUCUCGAGAUAAAGGUUUAUGCCGCGUAUCUGCGCGCACGUUUUAACAAAGUGCCCCCGAGUUUCAGUGAAAUCGUUAAGGACGAAAUGGUUGUACCUGUACUCUUUUUAAGUCUUAUGGCGGUCUCUCUCGUUUGUCCCUAAAAUGCCUCUGGAAGGCUGAAUGGACUUUCCUCGGGAAUUUUCCUGCUCGAAGUGAAUUCUGAUUAGAAGUUCUUUACACGUGUUUUGGAUUGACUUUGUAAUCGCUCUUUUGUACAUUUGCAAAAGUUACGGGCACUCGGGGGAACCACCGAACGACGUCGACGACGCACGACUUGCGCGAUCGCAGUUUCCACGAUUUGCGAUAAUUGUAUAUCGAUAAUAUAAGUAAGCGACGUUUCUCAUCUCGACUUCAUAUACAUAUUUACGGAUACGUAUACAUAUGCAUACGCGUACACCCUCGGAGCGUCCAAGCGUGCCCGCCUUUUUCAUCGUAGAAUACGAAUAUUGAAAGUAAAAGGAAAGGCCGCACUUUUGGACGCCCCGACGACUUAUAAAAGCGAAUUCCGAAACUCGUCGUUCGUUCCUGGGAUGAUCUUAAUUUUCCUGUAAUUCUCCACAUCCGAGAAGAUAACCGAAAACGCAAGAAUUGAAACAUUUACAGGCCCGAAACUUCUUACCCUCGUUAAUCUCGUUAAAAUUAGCAUCGUUGUUUCGAUGCGACGUUUCAUAUGACAGAUGUCAAAGCGUUAAUAAACUCUUCUGCAUUUAUGCCUCCCGACAUUGUUUUUAGGCCUUUACCUAACAAUCGUUGUUAAUGAAAUCGCUGGAUGAGCGACGAGUCGCGAAUCUCGGUUGACAUUACGGAGCCCUUCGACCCACAUGCGAAAAAUCGCUUCCAAAAUGGAUGAACUAGUGUGCGAAGUGGCGAAAAUUCGGAAAUAUCGCAAGACCCACGGUCAUUGACAAUUAGGCAGUGACAGACCCUCUAGGAAUGCGAUCUCGAACGAAAGUACCCAUAAACGGGUCCGUAAUUGAAUUCGUCAAACUAGAGGGUCGACUGGUGGAGUCUUAAUUAUCGUUAACGAAAUUCGAGGUGGCAAACUAUGUCAAAUUAUGGCACACCGUGACAGUUCGUCUCUGCCGAUUUGACAGGCAUAUCGAGUGCUGUCUUUUCGCCGACUAGGGAAGAUCUGGGGGAACAUGCAAAACCAAGAAAUAUCUAGGGUACUUCUGUGUCUAUCGAGUGCGCACAUGGGUCCGAGGAAUCGCGUCGAACGACGCUAAAGUUGUACAUACACACCUUUACUAUUACCAUUUACCAUUGCGAAAUUAACUCUGUAAGUUUCCCGAUCUUUUCGGCCGCUCGACGCGCGGUUAUUGGGCGACAAUUACGAAUGCGUCGAAGCACAGGAUGCGACGAAUGCAUCGAACGCUUAUCACUGUAAACGCUUCUUUUUCUCGAAGUUAACGUACAUCCGCAUCUAGGACCUUCGUUAAAAGUCCCCGUUAAAAUUAACGAGCAGGGUUUUAAUUAUUUUAUUAUUUUAUUAUAUUAUUAUAUUAAUUUAAUUAACCACGUUAUCCCUGCAAAGGCCACGUCCGUAAGUACUCCAAAAAGAAUGAUCCGUUCAAGAAGCGCUCCCAGAAGAUACCAAAAAUGAACCAAAAGAAAAAAAAAUACAAACUUGAAGGUAUGCAGUUCUUGUUUUCGGGAUAUCAUUUGUUAAUAAUUCCUAAGGUUCUCUGGGUGUUUUCAUCCAGGCGGCGGAUAUUAUCAACGGCUAGUAAUUUUUCUCAAAAAUCAUUCUUAGGACCCUUAAAUUCAAGCUCACCUGUUCGUUAUAUUCUGGUCAUGACACGAAUGAGUGAUUUUUAAUUAUUGUAUACGUGUCUUAUAUUCAUUAUAUCAAUUAUUAUAUAUGUGUCGAGUGCUUAACUUGCGGUAAAAGACAAGUGCAACGGUUAGAUUUGGCCAGGGGACUUUUAAUGACUUUUUGCAUCAAUGCACCGUGCCGCAAUCUUCUUGCCUCGAUUAUGGAAAUUGGAAAAUGGCGGGGAAUACGUGUCAUGAAAGAAGUACACGGUUAAAGUGUGUCUCAUGGUAUGUGUGAUGACUCUGAGACGACAUUCGAAUUUUCGCUAGCUGCGUUUAUCCAAUGCUUUUCGAAAGCAAAAGUUCAAACUGUGAUGAAAAGGUAGAAAAAAACGUAACGAGUCGGCGCAUCACAUGAGGUGAGAAAGGAUCAACGAUAGAUUAAUUUUUAUCGUUAUCCUGACUGCCUAGAAAGGAGUAGUAAAUUCCUAUCGUAUCACCGAAUUGCCGUAUCGGGCGAGAACAUUGUUGCACCCGUUGUCAAUACGAUUAAAUCGCAACAUUGAUUACUGUAUUUAUUAUCAUCGUCAUCGUCAUUGUUCACUGCGGCGACGGUUAUUGUUUUUUUAUGAUUACCACUAUCGCUAUAAUAUAAUUGUUUACCGAUUAACGAGGAAGUGCGAUAAAUAAUUACUAAAAAUUAAUAAAUUGGUCUUACUUAUACAUAAUAUAAAUACACGAUGACGACAUAUAUAAAUAUAUAAAUAUAUAUAUACACACCUACACACACACACCCACAUACACUCGACACACGGACACGCGUAAUGAUUAAUUACUAUGAUAACAUUACCGCUAUUAAAAAUAACACCCUACUCCCAUUUGUUGUGAAUGUUUACGUUGUUUUAUGAUAUUCAGAAUAUUCUAAAAAUAAAGUCUAUGAUUUCCA